UGGUCACCCUGCUCCCCCCUCGUGUCUCCCCCCAGGUGGCUGGGCCCGCCUGUAAUUACACACGCUUCACAGCCCAUUAGCUCCCUCCCGAGCUCCGCCUGGCUCCUUCCUGCUGUUCCCUGUGGGCCUGGAGGGCAGUGGAGCCACUGGCGCAUGAGCCCCCUUCCCCCCUGCACUGGCUGCCCAAGCCCUGACUCCGGCCCCUCGCCAGGCCCGUGGCGAGCGCCUACCUGGGGGCGAGAAACAUAGGCAAGGCCAGCUAGCGUCCCUGGCCCGGUGGGGGGGGCAGAGAGCAGGAGGGGUCACUCACCAGGGACUUGUGCCUGCCUUCCUCCCCAGCCACCACCUGGACCCAGAGACUGCCAGGAGCCCAAGGCCCUCCAAGAGGAAUAGCCUGCAUGGCCCCAAGUGCCUGGCCCGACCCCCACGAGCAGCACCGGCCCUGGGACUGCCCUGAAUUAACUCCUGCUUGGACGAGAGCAGAUCCUUCCGAGUGUGCCCCUUGGUCUGAGACAGUCCCCUGGGUCCCCUUCCGGGCAGGCCGAAAGUUCAUCAUCGCCAACGCCCGGGUGGAGAAUUGCGCCGUGAUCUACUGCAACGAUGGCUUCUGCGAGCUGUGCGGGUACACGCGGGCCGAGGUCAUGCAGAAGCCCUGCACCUGUGACUUCCUGUAUGGGCCCCGCACCCAGCGCAGCGCCGCCACCCAGAUCGCGCAGGCCUUGCUGGGCUCCGAGGAGCGCAAGGUGGAGAUCUGCUUCUACCGCAAGGAUGGUAGGGACCCCCUGGGCUGCGCCGCCGUGCUGGGAGGCGGGGGGCCGAGCUGGGCGCGGGCAUGCGGUGCUAUGGUGGGGGGCCGGGCGUGGGCACGUGGCGCCAUGCUGGGAG